CCGGGUGGGUGGCACCCACUGGGUGCCAGGGGAUGGGACCCACUAUAACGUACAGCGAUUGGAUGGGGGUCCUGGAGCGGAGCCCCCGACCAAAGACCUUGCCGCCGAUAGGGAAUGACAGCGAUACGAUUUGAAUAAAAAAUUCAAAUUAACUAAAAUGAAUAAACAAUAAAAAGUGUGGAUGUCUGCAGACCUAAAUAACCAGCGAGGAUGUUCCCGGACUUAGACUCUCUCACCUAUAACCUGAACCACAGGCACCGUGGACACUGCGUUAUAUUCAACCAAGAAAAUUUUGAUGAGUGCUUAAGUUUAAACACAAGAACGAAUUCUUCCCUUGAUGUGGAGUUCAUGGUGACCUUAUUCAAGGACCUUGGCUUCAUAGUGCGAGCCUUCGUUGACUUGCGGUUGAAAGAGAUCAAAGAUAUCCUCGAGGAUCUUGCCGUGGACACAGACCACACAGACUGUGAUGCCAUGGUAAUAGUGUUCAUGUCACAUGGAGGGGAAGAUGUAUUGUAUGCAAGGGAUCAUCAAUUCCAUUCUGACUUGCUCUUUAAACCCUUCAGUGGAGAUGAAUGUGAGACUCUAGUGGGAAAGCCCAAAAUAUUCUUUAUACAGGGAGGUCGAGGCGAAUCUCUUGAGGAAGGAGUGAAGCUAAACGAGACAAGGAUUUUGAAGACCAAACGAAGGGCUGUUAGCAUACCAUCAAAACACGUGGGAGCAGAAAGUCCGUGUGGUGGACAUCCAUUGAAGUCUAAUAUGGAAAAAAAGGACUUUCAUGUUAGCUCUUUGGCAGACUUCCUUAUCUGCUGGUCUACUGUAGAUGGUUACUAUUCUUGGCGUAAUACCAAUACCGGCUCAUGGUUCAUUCAAGCCUUGGCACAUGUGUUAGCAAGAGACUGCUGGAGGGAUGAUGUGCUCUCUUUAAUGAUCAGUACGGCUCGUCACAUGAUGAAAUUCUCAUCAAAAAAUCCAGUGAUUGGACUAAAAAAACAAAUGCCUCACUUUAGUUCGACUCUGACGAAAAAGAUGUAUUUUUACCCGAAGGCAACAUACCCACAUAUAGAAGACGAAGAAGUGGACUGAAAAAAAAGGAAAUAAA